GUUCAAGCUUCCUGGAGGGGGCGCGGCCUGAGGAAAGUAAAAACUCGCUUUGAGCCUGAAGACUUUUGAAACUUUUCCCAAUCCCUAAAAGGGACUUCGCUUCUUUUUCCGGGCUCGGCCGGGCAGCCUCUCCGGACCCCAGCUCGCUGAGGCUCCAGGCUGCCGUUCUGCUGGCGGGGCUUCGAGAGCUGCGGUCUCCUUUCCUAGCGUUCAGAAGGGUCGGUCUCGCUCCACGAUCGCGCGUGGCGUCUCUGCCGCCGGUUCAGGGCUGCCACCCACCGGGCCCAGAGCGCGCGGCCAGCGGGGCCGCCCGGGGCGCGCCCUCCAGGAUGCUGACCCGCCCGGUCGGCUGAACCCGAGCGCUCCGGUCGGCCCGAGCGCCCGCGCCUUCCGCGCGUGGCCCGCGAGGCUGCCCCGAGCAGGGGCUGCCCGCGCCACUCCAUCCCCUCCUACUCUCCUGCUCCGGGCCUCGCUCGCCGCGGGCCGCAGUCGGUGCGCACAGGCGGCGGCCGAGCGUCUGGGACGCAGCAUGCAGGCGCGCUACUCGGUGUCGGACCCCAACGCCUUGGGAGUGGUGCCCUACUUAAGCGAGCAAAACUACUACCGGGCAGCGGGCAGUUACAGCGGCAUGGCCAGCCCCAUGGGCGUCUACUCCAGCCACCCGGAGCAGUACGGCGCCGGCAUGGGCCGCUCCUACGCGCCCUACCACCACCAGCCCGCGGCGCCCAAGGACCUGGUGAAGCCGCCUUACAGCUACAUCGCGCUCAUCACCAUGGCGAUCCAGAACGCCCCCGAGAAGAAGAUCACCCUGAACGGCAUCUACCAGUUCAUCAUGGACCGCUUCCCAUUCUACCGCGAGAACAAGCAGGGCUGGCAGAACAGCAUCCGCCACAACCUGUCGCUCAAUGAGUGCUUCGUGAAGGUGCCGCGCGAUGAUAAGAAACCCGGCAAGGGCAGCUACUGGACGCUCGACCCGGACUCCUACAAUAUGUUCGAGAAUGGCAGCUUUCUACGGCGUCGCCGGCGCUUCAAGAAGAAGGACGUGCCCAAGGACAAGGAGGAGCGGGCCCACCUCAAGGAGCCGCCCCCGGCCGCGGCCAAGGGCGCCCCGACGGGGACCCCGGUAGCGGACGCGCCCAAGGAGGCCGAGAAGAAAGUGGUGGUCAAGAGCGAGGCGGCAUCACCCGCGCUGCCGGUCAUCACUAAGGUGGAGACGCUGAGCCCCGAGGGCGCGCUGCAGGCCAGUCCCCGCAGCGCAGCCUCCACGCCGGCUGGCUCCCCGGACGGCUCGCUGCCUGAGCACCACGCCGCGGCGCCCAACGGGCUGCCAGGCUUCAGCGUGGAGACCAUCAUGACGCUGCGCACCUCGCCUCCGGGCGGCGAUCUGAGCCCGGCCGCGGCGCGCGCCGGCCUGGUGGUGCCUCCGCUGGCUCUGCCUUACGCCGCCGCGCCACCCGCUGCUUACGCGCAGCCUUGCGCGCAGGGCCUGGAGGCCGCAGGUUCUGCCGGCUACCAGUGCAGCAUGCGGGCCAUGAGCCUGUACACCGGGGCCGAGCGACCCGCGCACGUGUGCGUCCCGCCCGCGCUGGACGAGGCUUUGUCGGACCACCCGAGCGGCCCUGGCUCCCCACUCGGAGCCCUCAACCUCGCGGCGGGCCAGGAGGGCGCGCUAGGGGCCGCGGGCCACCACCACCAGCAUCACAGCCACCUCCACCCGCAGGCGCCGCCGCCUGCCCCGCAGCCCCCGCCCGCGCCGCAGCCCGCCACCCAGGCCACCUCCUGGUAUCUGAACCACAGCGGGGACCUGAGCCACCUCCCGGGCCACACGUUUGCCACCCAACAGCAAACUUUCCCCAAUGUCCGGGAGAUGUUCAACUCGCACCGUCUGGGACUGGAAAACUCGACCCUCGGGGAGUCCCAGGUGAGCAAUGCGAGCUGUCAGCUGCCCUACCGAGCCACACCGUCCCUCUACCGCCAUGCGGCCCCCUACUCCUACGACUGUACCAAAUACUGACACUCCCAGCCCGCCCUUGCCCCAGGCCCACACCGGCUUCGCCUCCCCAUGGGACCCUCUUCGACGGAGCCGCAGAAAGCGACGGAACGCGCCCCUCUCUCAGACCCGGGAGCAGAGAGCUCCGCGCAACUCGCAGGUGGCCUGGUACGUGGAUGCAUGUACGUGUCAUGGGACAAUGGAGCUCUCCUUUAGUAAUAGAGAGGGCUCUUGAUUUGUUGAAGUAUCCCAUCCUGGGAUUUUGCUCUCAAGGCAGGCUGAGGAACUGUUCUCCCCACAUACACACAUGGACAGGGUUGCCUGAGGGCAACUAGCUGGCCUCUGAACAAAAUGCUUUUCGGACGCAGAAAACUCUUGCCAAUUGUCAAAACAAAAUGGUGUCACUCCAUCUCAGUGUCCAGCUGUCCCCUAUUUAAGGGAGAAACAGAAAACGGACAAACGGUCACAGCUUGCCUACCUCAACAGAGCCAGAGCCUGGGUGAGUCCUGUGUUCCUUCGUUUCCUUAAAUGCGGACUUGUUGCCCGUUAGUGUUUGAGCCGCACCCGUAAGAGCAAGAGGAUUGAUGUCUCCUAUUUAACAGCUGGCUUGGGGGAUCAGAUUAGAGGUGGCUUUCGGUCUGAUUUAAGUUCUCAAUUUGGGCUUCAAAUAUCUACCCCCCUGUGGUGAAAGGGGGAGCCAUGCCGCUCCUUAUAAACACGAUGUUUCAACACUGAAAUGGAUCUGAUUUUCAGCACCCUACAGAGCAGGGAGAUUAUUUUUCUGAUUUUCAUUUCUAAAAAAAAUUUUGAUAGGGACAAAACUUGGAUAUACCUGGUGGGGAGGUCGGUGUCUUUCUUGCCGUUCUGCUGGCUGAAAAGCACGACUUCAUUGCAGGCCUGUGUGUUGGACCUUAGGCACUCAGCAUCAUGGAUUCCCGCCCCAGCUGGUAACCUGUACUGUGCCCAUGGAAGUUCUUCCUCCACAGAACAUGUUGGCCAAGGGGGACUUUGCGGAAGGUCAUCUGUUUCGCUCAGUGGUGGUCACUGUAACACGUCGUCGUGUAUCGUGUUAUUGUUAAAACUGCAAGUUUUAUAUUUGCUAUUUUGAAAUGGAUUUAGGGGAAGUUUGAAUCCUGAUCAUUCUCCCCAUAUGUGUAAGACAGUCUUUCAACCUGCAACACCAGGAGGUGGCCCAUGUUUCGUCACCUUUCAUAAAGUGGGGACACUGAGGACUUGAUAGGGGAGGGAGGAGGGGAGAGGGAGCAGGUAUUCAUGCCUUGGUUCCUAAGCCAGAGCAGAUAGCUCAGGAGGAUCUCUGAAGAUCUCUGGUCCCUCCCAACACUGGUUUCAUUUUGUACCGAUCUCUUCAAACCACUUUCCCCAGGAGAAGCGAAAGGCUUCCUAGCCAGCUGGCUCUCUCCUUUCCCAGAUGUUUUAGGGGCCACCCUGAAAGCUUGCCCUCAACUUAAGAUUUGGAAC